AUGUCAACAGCGACAGGCUAUGGAGAGAAUUUAUACGAUGAUAUUUGGAGAAUGGACACUGAAUAUGUGUCGGAUAUCAGCGUCAUUACGCCUCACCUGCUAUCCUCCUUCCCCUCUCCUGCUAUCCUCCUCCCCCUCACCUGCUAUCCUCCUCCCCCUCACCUGCUAUCCUCCUUCCCCUCUCCUGCUAUCCUCCUCCUCAUCACCUGCUAUCCUCCUCCCCCCUCACCUGCUAUCCUCCUUCCCCUCUUCUGCUAUCCUCCUCCCCAUCACCUGCUAACCUCCUCCCCCUCACCUGCUAUCCUCCUCCACUGCACCUGCAAUCCUCCUCCUCCUCACCUGCUAUUCUCCUCCUCCUCCUCACUUGCUAUCCUCCUUCCCCUCCCUUGCUAUCCUCCCCCUCACCUUCUGUCCUCCUCAGCUGCACCUGCUAUCCUCCUCUCCCUCACCUGCUACCCCCCUCACCUGCCAUCCUCCUCCCCCUCACCUGUUACCCUCCUCCGCAUUGCACCUGCAACCCUCCCCCCCUCACCUGCUAUCCUCCUCCGCUGCACUUGCUAUUUCCUCCUCCUCAAAACUUGCUUAUCCUCCUUCCCCUACCCUGCUAUCCUCCCCCUCAACUUCUGUCCUCCUCAGCUGCAUCUGCUAUCCUCCUCCUUUUACCUGCUAUCCUCCAAUAACCUGCUAUCCUCCUCCCCCUUACCUGCUAUCCUCCUCCCCUUACCUGCUAUCCUCCUCCGCCGCACCUGCUAUCCUCCUUCCCCUACCCUGCUAUCCUCCUACCCCUUACCUGCUAUCCUCCUCCGCUGCACCUGCUAUCCUCUUCCGCCUCACCUGCUAACAUCUUCCGCACCUAUGAGUUUCUGUCUAUCUCUUCAUACACUACAGGCCAAAACUACUGGAUCAUCGUCUCUCCCAGUCUCCUUUCUUUCUUUCUUUCUUUCUUUCUUUCUUUCUUUCCCAGUCUCUUCAUUUCUACCUAUCUAUCUAUCUAGCUAG